UGAAGUCGUCAAGUUCAGUGGAUAUCUAAAAAGUGAAAAGUGAUUUAGUGCUUAGAAGUCUUUAUGGUCUAAGCCCAGGGUAUUAAAAGGACAAACAUCUCAGCAGUGUCCUGGCAGAAAUGGAUUACCAGUGUUAACUACCAACAGGAUACUCCUGUGUGCACAAUUAAACCAAAAAAGUGUGCAUCUGCCAAAUAGAAUGGCAAACAAAGUGAUUUCUUUGUCCUUGUGGCUGCUACUUAUCUCAUUUGUAUGGGCGGAGGAUGGAGACAUUAUAAUGAACGAUGAGGAUGACAAGGAUAUAAACCCGUUGGUCCAAGCCGUACCGGAAGCCGUCGAUAACGAGAAUGUUCGCAACGAACGCCACUUUAACUUCAACUUCCUUCAAGCCCCCGCAGUUAGCACGAAAUACUCAUACGGUGGGUCAGGAGGAGGCGGCGGAGGAUAUGGCGGUGGAGGUCAUGGCGGUGGAGGAUAUGGCGGUGGAGGAUAUGGCGGUGGAAGUCAUGGCGGUGGAGGAUAUGGCGGCGGCAUAAAGACGUCUUAUCCUAGUGGAAGCGGGUUUGGAGGAGGAUUCCUAACCAAAACCUUGGGAGCAUUUGGCAUUGGAAAGGGAAGUCAGGGAAACUUUUACGGAACUGGUGGCCAGGUCCUGGCAGCCUUUGGAAAGUGUUCCGCCUUGGCGCUGCCCUCAAAUGUUCUGUCCGAGUGCCACAAUGGGCGUUGUAAGGUCUUUUGCCCAGCUGGCUAUAGCUUUGCCCAGGAAAUACAAUUCCUGGAGAUGUUCUGCAGCAACGAUGGAUGGAUCGUGGCCAACUCUGCAUUCACGGAGGUGCCACCCUGCCAGGCUCAAUGCACUCCUCGGUGCCAGAACAACGGCAUCUGCAUCUCUGCCGGGGUCUGUCAGUGCCCGGAGAAUUACUACGGACCCUUGUGCCAGCAGAAGCAGUCCGUAUGUGCUUCCUUUCCAAGCGUACCGAAGAACUCCAAAAUAUCCUGCAAGAAUAAUAUGUGCCAUGCUGAGUGCAUGAGGGGAUUCCAGUUCCCAGACGGCAGUGGCAUCACCAAUAUUGAGUGCCGCAACGGCCAGUGGGUGCACACUAAAACUGGUCUUUCCAAGCCACCCGAUUGUGCCCCCACUUGUGCCCCCGCCUGUCAGAACGGUGGACAAUGCAUUAGCUUUAAUGUCUGCCAAUGCUCUAAGAUGUUCCGGGGUGCCCAAUGUCAAUAUAACAUUCAAAGUUGCAAUGUGACUAAUACCAAUUUUAAUGGCAACUACAAGUGUGCCUAUGAAAUGGAGGAGGCUCGUUGCACAUUCAGCUGCCCUCCGGUCCCGGGAUUGAAGAUCCAAGGGCGCCUCGACAUAGAGUACAAGUGUACCUAUCAGCAAGGAAAAUAUCUUCCUGAACCGCUACCAAAGUGCAUACUUCCUGAUGGCUACAGCCUUGGUCCCAAAACACAAACAAGUAAGAUAACGCAUCAGGCGGGAGGAAUUUAUCAACACACUGCGAGUGGGGGAUUGGCUUUGGAAAUCCAAACCGAACGCCAAAAGCUUUUGGCCUUGCUGGCUAAGUAUCGGGAUGUAGAAAGAAGAACUGAAUGGUGGUCAUCGGAGGAAACGGUUGUCACCAUGAGCAGUUAUUCCUUGUACCAAAGCAACGAAUUGGAUAUCGUCAUUGACAAGACUCCACGACCAGCCCUUUGUACCACUUGGGGUGGCAAUAACAUGAAGACCUUCGAUGGUCUGGUCUUCAAGGCUCCCCUUUCCUGCUCACACACGCUGAUUACGGACAAGGUUUCGGGUACUUUCGAUAUUAUCCUGAAGGCAUGUCCUUAUGGCUCUGGUUAUGGUUGCGCGCACACCCUCAAGAUCCUUUGGCAAUCCGUACUCUACACUUUCGAGAAUCUAAAUGGUACUAUGCAACUGUCCACGCCGAUUAAAAAAUUGCCGAUGCCUGUCCAAGUUAUGGGCAUGAAAGUCAUGCCCGUGGCCCAGCAUGUCCAGAUCGAUCUGGAGUCCGUGGGACUCAAGCUGGACUGGGAUCACCAUCAGUAUGUCUCCGUGCAGGCUGGUCCCCAGAUGUGGGGAAAAGUGGGUGGUCUGUGCGGAUCCCUAGACGGUGAUUACAACACGGACUUGUCCUCCAGGACGGGCAAAAAACUGGCGACUGUGAAGGCCUUCGCCGACGCGUGGCGCGUUGAGGAUCACAGUGAAAUGUGCCAGGUGGAGAACAGUGCGGAGAUAGAGUUCGGCAUGGACUCCUGUGAGCAGACAAAGCUCCAAAAGGCCGUCUCCGUCUGCGAGCGCCUCUUGGCCAACGAGAAGCUCGGCGAAUGCAUCAAGCCCUUCAACUACGACGCCUUGAUCCGCACCUGCAUGGCGGACUAUUGCAAUUGUGCCAAUCGGGAGCAUCCGGAGAGCUGCAAUUGCGACGCCAUCGCCAUGUUGGCCAAGGAGUGCGCCUUCAAGGGCGUCAAGCUGGAGCACGGCUGGCGAAAUCUGGAGAUAUGUCCCAUAAGCUGUGGAUUCGGACGCGUUUAUCAGGCCUGUGGGCCCAAUGUGGAGCCCACCUGCGACUCGGACUUGGCCAUUCCCGCCACGAAGGGCGCCUGCAACGAGGGCUGCUUUUGUCCGGAGGGAACGGUGCAGUACAAGGAGGCAUGCAUCACCCGCGAACUUUGCCCCUGCUCCCUGCGCGGCAAGGAGUUCAAGCCGGAGUCGACGGUCAAGAAGAACUGCAACACGUGCACCUGUAAGAACGGUCAGUGGCGUUGCACGGAGGACAAAUGUGGCGCCCGCUGUGGGGCCAUUGGAGAUCCGCAUUAUCAGACAUUCGAUGGCAAACGGUACGAUUUCAUGGGCAAGUGCUCGUACUAUCUGCUGAAGACCCAGAGCAUGUCGGUGGAGGCGGAGAAUGUGGCUUGUUCGGGAGCCGUUUCGGAGGCCAUGAAUUUCGUGGCCCCCGAUGAUCCAUCUUGCACCAAGUCCGUGACCAUUCGAUUCGUUCUACGUGACGGAACUCCAUCGGUGAUCAAGUUGGACCAGGGUCUAACCACCAUGGUCAAUGACAAGCCGAUUGUAAAGCUACCGAAGAUGCUGGGUCUUGGGGAAAUCCUGAUUCGACGCGCCAGUUCCACCUUCCUGACCGUGGAGUUUGCAGAUGGCAUUCGCGUCUGGUGGGACGGAGUUUCGCGGGUCUAUAUCGACGCCCCGCCCAGUUUGCGUGGCCAAACGCAGGGUCUGUGCGGAACCUUCAACUCGAACACCCAAGAUGACUUCCUAACGCCCGAAGGUGAUGUGGAGACGGCCGUGGAGCCUUUUGCGGACAAGUGGCGCACCAAGGACACCUGCCAAUUCAAGGCCGAGACCCACCAAGGACCUCAUCCCUGCACCCUCAAUCCGGAGAAAAAAGCCCUGGCUGAGAAGCACUGCGACUGGAUUCUGCAGGACAUCUUCCAGGAUUGUCACUUCCUGGUCGAACCGGAGCAGUUCUACGAGGAUUGUCUGUACGACACAUGUGCCUGCAAGGACGAUCUGUCCAAGUGCUUCUGUCCCAUUCUGUCGGCCUACGGCACCGAGUGUAUGCGACAGGGCGUUAAGACCGGCUGGCGAAUGUCAGUUAAAGAGUGCGCUGUGAAAUGUCCAAUGGGCCAGGUGUUCGAUGAGUGCGGCGACGGUUGUGCCUUGUCCUGUGACGAUCUGCCCAGCAAGGGCUCCUGCAAGCGGGAGUGCGUCGAGGGAUGUCGUUGCCCGCAUGGAGAAUACGUCAACGAGGAGGGCGAGUGUGUGCCCAAGCAGAAGUGCCAGUGCACCUUUGACGGCAUGUCCUUCAGACCAGGAUACAAAGAGGUCCGUCCGGGCGCUCAGUUCCUGGACAUUUGCACCUGUACGAAUGGCGUGUGGGAUUGCCAGGAUGCCGAGCCAGGUGACAAGGAUAAGUAUCCACCUUCUUCGGAGCUGCGUUCAAAAUGUACCAAACAGCCCUUCGCCGAGUUUACGAAGUGUGCACCCAAAGAACCAAAAACCUGCAAGAACAUGGACAAGUACGUGGCCGACUCUUUAGAUUGUCUACCCGGUUGCGUCUGCAUAGAGGGUUACGUCUAUGACACUUCCCGCCUGGCCUGCGUCCUGCCCACCAACUGCUCCUGUCAUCAUGCCGGAAAGAGCUACGAUGAUGGUGAGAAGAUCAAGGAGGACUGUAAUCUGUGCGAGUGCCAGGCUGGUAACUGGAAGUGCUCGAAGAAUGGCUGCGAGUCCACUUGCAGCGUCUGGGGAGAUUCCCACUUCACAUCCUUCGAUGGUCACGACUUUGACUUCCAGGGUGCCUGCGACUAUGUCCUCGCCAAAGGAGUUUUCGACAAUGGCGAUGGAUUCAGCAUAACCAUCCAGAAUGUUCUAUGUGGCACAAUGGGCGUGACGUGCUCCAAGUCUUUGGAAAUCUCCUUGACUGGCCAUGCUCAAGAAUCGCUACUUCUUAGCGCGGAUUCUGCAUACAGCACUGAUCCCAAUAAGACGCCUAUUAAGAAACUUCGUGACAGUGUCAACUCGAAAGGACACAAUGCCUUCCACAUUUACAAAGCUGGCGUUUUCGUCGUAGUUGAAGUGAUCCCGUUGAAGUUGCAAGUGAAAUGGGACGAGGGAACGCGGGUUUAUGUGAAACUAGGCAACGAGUGGCGCCAGAAAGUCAGUGGCUUGUGUGGCAACUACAAUGGCAACAGUCUGGAUGACAUGCAGACACCCUCGCUGGGAUUGGAGACCAGCCCGAUGCUCUUUGGCCACGCCUGGAAAUUGCAGCCCCACUGCUCGGCUCCAGUGGCACCCAUUGAUGCCUGCAAAUUGCAUCCGGAACGCGAAACGUGGGCCCAACUGAAGUGCGGCGCUAUGAAGUCGGAUCUCUUCAAGGAAUGCCAUGCUGAGGUGCCCCUAGAACGUUACUGGAAGCGCUGCAUCUUCGACACCUGUGCCUGUGACCAGGGCGGUGACUGCGAGUGCCUCUGCACCGCCAUGGCUGCCUAUGCGGAUGCUUGUGCCCAGAAAGGCAUCAACAUCCGCUGGAGGGCCCAGCAUUUUUGCCCCAUGCAAUGCGAUCCCCAUUGUUCGGAUUAUAAGGCCUGUACUCCGGCUUGUGCUGUGGAGACCUGUGACAACUUCCUUGAUCAGGGAAUUGCGGAGAGGAUGUGCAACCGGGAGAAUUGCCUCGAGGGUUGCCACAUAAAGCCGUGCGAUGAUGGAUUUAUCUAUCUGAACGAUACCUACCGCGAUUGUGUACCCAAAGCAGAUUGUAAGCCAGUCUGUAUGGUGAGAGACGGCAAGACAUUCUACGAGGGUGACAUCACUUAUACCGAUUCGUGUGCCACUUGCCGAUGCUCCAAGCGCAAGGAGAUUUGCAGCGGUGUAAAAUGCGAUAUUCCCGUGACGACCCCGCAUUCUGCUCCACUUAUUGAGGGCACCACGGUACCCACUCCUCAGGCCACUCAAAAUCAGACCAAGUGCGUCAAGGGAUGGACUCGAUGGUGCGACAAGGACCGGGAUACCUCACACAAGAGUGUGCGAUUGAAUGAUGAGGAGAAGGUGCCUCGUUACGAUCGCAUGGAAAAUGUCUACGGCACUUGCCUGAAGGAUUACAUGACCAAGGUGGAGUGCCGGGUGAAAGAAACGCACGAGGCACCAGAACAAAUGGACGAGAAUGUGAUUUGCAGUCUGGAGGAGGGUCUUCGAUGCAUUGGAAAAUGUCACGACUAUGAAUUGCGUGCCUUUUGUCAGUGCGAUGAGGAAACCAUACCAAUUGCACCCAAGCCCACAGAAAAACCACAGCUUGGCCUUGGCUGCGAUGCUGCCAUUGUGGAGUACAAGGAAUUCCCCGGCGAUUGCCACAAGUUCCUGCACUGUCAGCCCAAAGGAGUCGAGGGAGGAUGGAUCUAUGUGGAACAGACCUGCGGGGAGUACAUGAUGUUUAAUCCUACGAUGUUUAUUUGCGAUCAUAUAGCCACCGUCACCGAAAUCAAGCCCAGUUGUGGCUUGAAGCCGGAACCAGAGCCCGAAUUGGAGCCCAUCAAACAAUGUCCACCCGGAAAGGUAAAGUCGGAGUGUGCCAAUCAAUGUGAACAUACCUGUCACUAUUAUGGCAGUAUCCUGAAGAUGAGAGGUCUGUGCCAGAUCGGCGAGCACUGUAAGCCGGGUUGUGUAAACGAACAGCGACCAGAUUGUCCUAAGCUUGGAAAGUUUUGGCGGGACGAGGACACCUGUGUUCAUGCCGAUGAAUGUCCUUGCAUGGACAAUGCUGAGCACUAUGUCCAGCCUCACAAGCCCGUGAUUGGAGAGUUUGAGGUAUGCCAGUGCAUCGACAAUGCCUUUACUUGUGUGCCCAAUAAGCAGGAGCCCGUUCCCAAGACAGAUGAUGGUGAAGUGGAUGUGAUACCCUUGGUUCCCAUUUAUCCUGUUACCCUCACCCCACCUCUGCAAUGUUCAACAGAACGCCUCAUUCCCAAGAUAGAAAACUCGGGGCAUUCACAGCCCGACACUAUAUUUAAUGCUAGUUCUCAGCUGGCCCCAGAACACGGUCCUAAAAUGGCUCGUCUGACUAAAGAUCAUCCGAAUGGCAGUUGGUCCCCCAGCAUUAAUGAUCAAAUGCAAUAUCUGGAACUAAACUUUGGAAAGCCAGAGCCCUUCUAUGGCGUGAUUAUGGCUGGAAGCCCGGAUUUUGAUAACUAUGUGACCCUCUUCAAGAUCCUUCAUAGUCAUGAUGGAAUUGCUUACCAUUAUCUGGUGGACGAGACAGAAAACCCGCAGAUGUUCAAUGGUCCAUUGGAUUCAAGGGCUCCGGUACAGACUCUUUUCAAGAUUCCCAUCGAAGCAAGCUCACUUCGCAUUUAUCCUCUUAAAUGGCACGGGUCCAUCGCUAUGCGUGUGGAGCUGCUGAUUUGCGGAGAUAAGGUUGAACCUCUCCCAGUGCCAAUUGUUCCAACAAUUCCACCCGUAACAGAGCGUCCAGCUCAACUGGUGGAUCAGGAGUGCAUUGAUCUAAUGGGUGUGGAUGAGGGUAAAAUGCACCAGGACCAGGUUCAAUCCAGUAGCUUAUGGCAGCAGCCCAAUCAGGGAAGGAAAUCACAGCUUUUGGAAUUGCUAAAACUAUCGACACCACUUGCUUGGCGUCCUCUUGCAAACAGUCAGAAUGAGUUCGUUGAGUUUGAUUUCUUGGAGCCACGGAAUAUUUCUGGAUUUAUAACAAAGGGUGGUCCGGAUGGAUGGGUCACCGGCUACAAGGUUAUGUUCUCUAAGAAUAAACCCACUUGGAACACAGUGCUCUCCACUAACGGUCAGCCACGCAUCUUCGAGGCCAACAUUGAUGCAGAAACUGAACGCAGACAUCAUUUCAAGAAUCCGAUACUAACGCAGUACCUCAAGAUUGUGCCAGCUUAUUGGGAGAGAAACAUUAACAUGCGCAUUGAACCUCUGGGAUGCUUCUUAACGUAUCCUGAAAUCCAACGUCAAGUGCCUGUGGAGGAAGCCAAGCCCACAAAAUGCAAUGUUUGCAAUGGUGUGUCUAUCUCCAGUUCGACCUCCGAAUGCCAGUGUGAUGAUCAACGUUUCUGGGAUGGCAGUAACUGCGUCCAGCACAAUCUGUGUCCUUGCAUAGAGAACUACGUUAGCUAUCCGAUAGGUAAUAAGUUCGAAAACUCGGCCUGCGAAGAGUGCGUUUGCGUACUCGGAGGACAUAAGAAUUGCAAGCCCAAGAAGUGCCCGCCCUGUCAGGAUGCCAAAUUGCGUCCGGUGAUCACCAGCGACUGCUUCUGCAAGUGCGAGUCCUGUCCCAAACAUCAAAGAUUGUGCCCGUCCAGUGGAGAUUGCAUCCCCGAGAUUCUCUGGUGCAACGGAGUUCAGGACUGUGCUGAUGAUGAGGAUGCCAGUUGCAGUGACUCCUUCACUGUGGUACCCAAAAUCGAGCGAGAAAAGAACGAGACUGAAGUCAUCACCUGUCCCGUGCCCGUCUGCCCGCCUCAGAUGAAGAUUAAAAUUACGGAGAAAAAGUCGAGAAAGAUGUCCAAGAUGUUUACCUUCUCGAAACAGGUAUCGAUUGUGGACGAUGGAUUGACUAUCACGAAGACCAAGUUCAUCUCGUCCAAGGAACAAAUUCUGGCUAUGCCCAGCCAGGAAUUGGACUUCCAGCAGGAGGAGCAGUGCGACGAGUUUACAUGUGUGCCCAUUCCCAACAAGCAAGUGGACAAGAAUGAGACUAUCACCUGCACGGAACCAAAGUGUCCGGAAAAAUACGAUGUGGAGUUGGACAUGAGUACGGCUAAGGUUGGAGACUGUCUAAGAUAUACCUGUGUCCUUCGACCCAACAAAGACGAUGUGUGUGAGAUUAGCGGCAAGAGUUUCACCACAUUUGAUGGCACCGUUUUCAAGUACGGACUUUGCAGUCACAUCCUGGCCAGAGAUAUUCACAAGAGCAGUUGGUCUAUAUCGGUUCAUCAGCAAUGUAGCGACGAGACUCGCAAAGUUUGUCACAAGGUGAUCACCAUCCAGGAUAUCGAGGCUGGCAACGAGUUAAUACUCCUGCCUCACUUGAAGCUCAAAUUCAACGGCUUUGAGUUCACAGUGCAGCAGCUAAUAAAUUCCCCCAUUUGCAAGGCUUCAUUUGUGGUUUCCCAGCCGGGUAAGACCCUCCUGGCCGUAUCCACCAAAUAUGGUUUCUGGGUGCAACUAGAUGACAUUGGAAUCGUCAAAGUGGGCAUCUCAUCUAAGUUUAUGCGCACUGUCGACGGUCUGUGCGGUUACUACAAUGGAAAUCCAAAGGAUGACAAGAGGUCACCGGAUGGUCAAGUUAUACCAAACACCGAGAAGUUUGGCGAUAGUUGGUAUGACAAGCGAAUUCCAAAGGAUCAGUGUGGAGAUCUCAAGUGCUCCAGGGAGAUGCAGGCAAAGGCUUUGCAGCUGUGCAAUAUCAUUCACCAUCCUACCUUCGCUCGCUGCCACAAGGCCGUUAAUUACAAGCAAUUCCUUAAUAAUUAUUGCCUUGAAGCUGCCUGCAAUUGCAUGCUGGCUAAUAAUGGAGAUACAGCCGCCUGCAAGUGCAACAUUUUGGAGAGCUUUGUGAAGAAAUGUCUCAGCGUCAAUCCCCUAGUGCAAUUGACCACUUGGAGAGCCGUGGCUCAGUGUGAGAUUAAUUGUCCUUCGCCGUUGGUUCACACGGACUGUUACAAGCGACGCUGUGAGCCAUCCUGCGAUAAUGUUCAUGGUGACGACUGCCCCGUUCUCCCGGAUGCCUGCUUCCCGGGUUGCUAUUGUCCUGAAGGAACCGUCCGAAAGGGUCCCAACUGCGUGCCCAUAUCCGAGUGCAAGGAUUGUGUGUGCAAUGCCCUGGGUGCAUCCAAGUACAUGACCUACGACCGCAAGAGCUUCAGCUUUAAUGGCAACUGCACAUACCUAUUGUCGCGCGAUGUGGUCCUUCCUGGGGUGCACACUUUCCAGGUGUACGCCACCAUGGAUGACUGCAAGAAGCUGGGACAGCCAACCCCAGUGGAGGGCGGCAGCUGUGCCAAAUCCCUGCACAUUCUCAACGGCGAUCAUGUCAUCCAUGUCCAGCGUAUUCCGCAGAAACCCAAAUCCCUGCAGGUCCUGGUCGAUGGAUUCGAGGUUAAGCAGAUACCCUUCAAGGACAGCUGGAUUAGCCUUCGACAGGUGGUGGGCAAGGAGCUGGUGCUCUCCCUUCCGGAAUCCCAUGUGGAGCUGACGGCGUCUUUCGAAGACCUGAUUUUCUCCUUGGGCGUACCAAGUAUCAAAUAUGGCAGCAAGAUGGAGGGACUUUGUGGCGAUUGCAAUGGCAAUGCAGCCAACGAUCUUCAGCCCAAUCCGGCGAAGAGGAAGCCCGGUGUGGACGUAAUACAGAGUUGGCAAGCGGAUGAGCCGAAGCUUGGCUUGGUGGAAGAAUGCCUGAGCGAAGAUGUGCCCAAGGAGCAGUGCAUUCCCCUGCCGCCAGAAAGGGAUCCCUGCCUGCAAUUCUACAAUCCGGAAUUGUUCGGCAAGUGCCCGCUGGCCGUGGAUCCCAUUGCGUAUGUCUCCGCCUGUCAGCAGGACAUCUGCAAGCCUGGAAAUACCCAACAGGGAGUUUGUGUGGCCUUGGCCGCCUAUGCCAACGAAUGCAACCAGCAAGGAAUAUGCACCAAUUGGAGACGACCACAGCUCUGCCCAUACGAAUGCCCCAGCGAUAUGGUCUACGAGCCAUGUGGCUGUGCCAAGAACUGCGAUACCAUUAAGGCCUUGUCGGAAUUCGAUGCGGUGAGCUUGAAAAACCAGGCCGUCGUUCACACUCUUAAGAGUGAUGAGAUGUGUCUAACUUCGGAGCGUUUCGAAGGCUGCUUCUGUCCCGCCGGAAUGGUAAUGGAUGGCGGCAAGUGUAUCCCGGAAAUAGCCUGCACAAAGUGCGAUGAUGGACUCCAUUUGCCUGGCGAUAAAUGGCAGAAGGAUAAGUGCACGGAGUGCCAGUGCGAUCAGAAGGGCAAGACCUCGUGUGUGGAGAAGAAGUGCCAGGUGGAGGAGAAUAUCUGUGCCGAAGGCUACAAACCCCAGACAAUUGUCAGCGAGGCGGAGUGCUGUCCCAGAUAUCGAUGUGUCCCAGAGCCUAAAGACCCAGAAAAGGUGUGUUUGCCUCCUCUGAUGCCCAUCUGUGGUCCCGGGCAGUUCAAGAAGCAGAAGAUGGAUGUUAACGGCUGUCCCCAGUAUAUAUGCGAGUGCAAGCCCAAGGAUGAGUGUGAGAUUAUUAAGCUGCGGGAAUUGCUUCAAGGCGAGGCUAUUGUAAAGAUUGAAGAAGGGUGCUGCCCCACUCAGAAGAUUGAGUGCAAGCCAGAUUUGUGUCCCCUGGCACCCAUUAACUGUAAAGAGCGGUUUUAUGAAGUCAAGACCACCAAGGAUGCCGGAAUGUGUUGCCCCAUUCACACGUGUGUUCCUCCCAAGGACUUGUGCAUUGUUCAAUAUGAGCUCGACGAAACUUCAAAGUUCACUAAGCAGGUGGGUGAUAAGUGGACGCAUGCCAAGGACGUUUGCAAGAAGGAGACAUGUUCCUACGGUCCAGAUGGCAAUGCCCAGGUGGUCAGCACUUUGGAGCAGUGUUUGACAGACUGUGCCCCUGGAUUCAGCUAUCAGCAUUUGGACAACAAGAAGUGCUGUGGCCAAUGUGUCCAGACUUCAUGUAUCUUUGAGCAAAAACUAUACGAAAUCAAUGCGCUAUGGAAAUCGGCCGACAAUUGCACGACAUACAGUUGCCUAAAUAAGGAUGGGCAGUUUUUGGUUACCAACUCGAAUGAAAUAUGCCCAGAUGUUGGUAGCUGCCUUUCCCACCUCCUAUAUCAAGAUGGCUGUUGUCAGCGCUGCAAAUCGGAACCGCUGGUGGAGGACAAAUCGACUUGUUUGCCUGUUUCUCUGGCCGAAUCGCGAACGAAGGAAAUCCUUAAGUUCCCUGUACCAGAACAUGGAUCCUGUGUCAAUGCCGAACCCAUUCAGGGAUUCACCGACUGCGAGGGUGCCUGCUCCUCUGGAUCCAAGUAUAAUACACUUACCGACAUGCACGAAAAGUUCUGCACCUGCUGCAGCAUCAAAUCCUAUCACCCGAUCUCAGUGAAAAUGAUUUGCGAGGAUGGCCAUACGUUUACUCAGAAGCACGAGGUGCCAUCCAAUUGCGGUUGCUCGCCGUGCUCGGAAUUUUCGGACGCCGCGAUCGAUGUGAGAAUGCAGCCGGAUGUGCAGGUGCCACUACUGAACUUACUCGGCAACCGUUUACAUUAAUAUAUUCAGGAGAGUCAUUUGUUAGGUUUAAGUCUAUCGAACAUUUACAAUAAAAAUUAAAAAAAUAUA